AUGGAAAUUCGUGGUCAAUGUCUCAUCAAAGGCGCUGCAUCUGCAGAGUUACAAUGCUGCCCGGUUGGACUCAGCUUUUGGGGCGGGGUGAACCCUGAAACUGGACAGGUGGUAGACCAUCAUCAUCCCCUCUGCGGCCAGUCUAUCGCUGGCCGAAUUCUUGCUAUUCCCUGUGGUAGAGGUUCAUGCUCAGGAAGCACAGUCAUGCUUGAGCUUCUGCUGAAUGGAUGUGCUCCUGCUGGGCUGAUUUUCGAGAAGCACGAGCAGAUUCUGACUCUCGGGGUUCUAGUAGGAAAAGUGCUAUUUGAAAGUCCCAUACCAGUUGUGGUCUUGUCCUCUUCGGACUUCUCAAAAAUAUGCAAUAGGCACUUCGCUGCCAUAGAUGGAGAGAAUGUGCUCGUCAGUGACGCUCUGUUACCGACUCCAAAACUGCCUGCCGAAUCCAUUGAAGGUGAUAUCGACCUUUCAGAUUUAGAUCGGAGCAUCCUGGCUGGCGAAAAGGGCCAAGCAGCCAAGGUUGCCUUAGAAAUUAUCAAGAGCUUUGCAAUCAUUCAAGGGGCGCGCUCGCUAUUGGACGUUUCCCAGGCUCAUAUUGACGCCUGUAUAUAUACCGGCCCUGCAAGUCUUCUAUUUGCACAAAAGUUCCAAUCCAUGGGUGCUAAGUUUACUCUUCCAACCACCCUCAAUUCUAUUUCGAUCGAUCAACGCCGCUGGAAGGAACUAAACGUCGACCCUAAGUUGGCUUUACAGGCGGGUACACUAGCCAAUAUCUAUCUUUCGAUGGGUGCACAGCCCAGUUUUACCUGCGCCCCAUACGUACUUGACGAUGCUCCCAAGGCCGGACAAGAUAUUGGAUGGUCGGAGUCGAACGCUGUUAUUUUCGCUAACAGCGUCCUUGGUGCACAAACCCAGAAAUAUCCCGAUUUCAUUGAUGUUUGCAUUGCUUUAACCGGAAGGGCUCCUUCAGCUGGAUGCCACUUGCCCGAGGGUCGACGGCCGACAAUGUGUAUCCGGGUGAAUGACCUAGGAUCAAUCAACGACUCCUAUUAUCCGCUACUGGGAUACGUCAUUGGAAAGCUGGCUCAGCAUAACAUACCAUUGGUUUGCGGGCUAGAGUAUAUGCAACCACAGCUCAUGGAUCUCAAGGCAUUCAGCGCCGCUUUUGGUACCACCGCCUCUGCUGCAAUGUUUCACAUCAAGGGUAUUACGCCUGAGGCGUCUAAGUUUGCUGAGCUAGAACAAGAGCUACCCGUUAUAGAGCUCUCGCAUGAAGAACUAGUUGAUACUUGGCAUAUGCUCAAUUCCGCACAGGACCUUUCUGUUGAUCUUGUAUCCUUGGGAAAUCCGCACUUCUCUCUUGAAGAGUUCGACGCUCUCUCUACAUUAUGCUCAGGCCGCAAGAAAGCCGACGAGAUUAAAGUCAUCAUAACCACCGGCCGAGAUACGUACGAAAAGUCGAAAAAGGCUGGUUAUAUCGAUAUCGUCACGGAAUUCGGGGCAACAAUCAUUACAGAUACCUGCUGGUGCAUGCUCGGAGAGCCUGUUGUCCCUACUACAUCUCGUAAUAUAAUGACAAACUCAGCCAAAUACGCCCAUUACGCUCCAGGGAUGGUGAAGAGGGGCGUGCAUUUCGGGAGUCUUGCUGAGUGCGUGGAGGUGGGUUGUACGGGUACAUUUGUUGGCGUUCCCCCGGGACAGGCCAGUGAUAUGGAACAGACUUCAUAUAAAAACUAG